AUGGUCAUGUUGCGAUCCUGUGUCCACGCGUCCCAACGCCGUACACUGGCCACCGCGGUCCCCAAGUCGUCCAGGAAGGAGGGCGACAUCUCCGACGUCUUCGUGUCCCUGUCGGGGGCCCGGCGCGCGCCGCUGCCCGACCGCUUCCGGCAGCUCAAGUGCGACUUGGUCCGCGGCCGGGAGCGGCAGCUGACGGACAGCUGGCGCCGGCUGCUGCGGGACCUGGAGAGGGAGAAUGAGGUUAUUGCCAACAAGGGAUCGCAGGUGGUGCCGCAGGUCGACUAUGCGGACCUGGAGCGCGGCCUGGGCGGCCUCCGGGACGAGAUCAAGAAGCGCGGCGCCGUGGUGGUGAGAGGCGUGGUGCCCGAGGCGGAGGCCAGGGCGUACAAGGAAGAGGUGGAGGACUACGUGAAGAAGAACCCCUGGACCAGAGGUACGCAGACUGAUUUAGUUGCACUCUACGAGAGAAAAAAGGCUCUUGGCGUGCUUCUGCCGUGGUCAUUUCCGGCCGACAACCCCCAAGUCUACGAGCUCUACUGGUCGGCGCCGCAGCUCAAAGCGCGCGCGCACCCCAAUUUUAUGCGCGUGCAGCAGCAGCUGAUGAGCGGCCCGUGGCACACCUCGGAUCCCGCGCGGCCCAUCUCCCUCGCCUCGCCGCUGUCGUACGCCGACCGGCUGCGCAUCCGGCAGCCGGGCGACGCGACCUUUGCGCUGGGCCCGCACAUAGACGGCGGCAGCGUGGAGCGGUGGGAGCCCGAGGGGUACGGGCGCGGCGGCGUCUAUGACGCGGUACUGGCGGGCGCGUGGGAGGCAUUCGACCCGUGGGAUGCGAGCGGGCGCGUCGACGCCGUGAACAACCGGUACGACGGACUCGGCGCGUGCACCAUGUUCCGCAUGUGGCAGGGCUGGCUGAGCAUGAGCCGCACGCGGCCGUCCGAGGGCACGCUGCUGGUGCACCCGCUCAUGCACCGGGCAAUGGCGUACGUGCUGCUGCGGCCGUUCUUCGAGGCCGUGGACGCGGAUGCGAAGCGUCCUGGGUACUUGGCCGAGAGUAAUUGGAGGUUGGUGAGUGCGGACCGCAUGACGAGCGACUUGCAGGGUGCGAGCCCGGGAUACGGCCAGGAGCUCACCGACGAGCUGCAUCCGCAUCUGCAACUCGACCGGACCAUGGUGCACGUCCCCGAGAUUAAACCCGGCGAUUUCGUCGCCUGGCACUGCGACACAAUCCACUCCGUCGACAAGCGGCACGAGGGCGCGUCCGACUCGAGCGUGCUGUACAUUCCCGUCUGCCCGGUGACGGCCUCCAACGCGCGGUACGUAGCGCUGCAGCGCGAGGCGUGGCGCCGCGGCACACCCGGGCCCGACUUUCCCGGCGGCGAAGGCGAGGCCCGGCACGCAGGGCGCCCGACCGAGGCCGCGCUCCGGGAGUGGGCCGGGGACGAUGCGCUGCGGUCCAUGGGACUGGAGAAGCUGGUGUAUGCGGCGACGGCGACGCCGGGCCAGCGCCAGGCUGUCGCCGAGGCGAAUGCUAUUCUUGGAUUCUGA